AUGGCAACCACGUCCGGGCUAUCUAUACGACACGCACAAAUCCCCGUUAGACCGAAAGGAAAUAACAGAUGUCCCAGCCACAAGGACAAUGAUGUCAUUAUUCUUUGUAGGGACUGCAACAUGCUUAUUUGUAGACAUUGUGUUAUAGGCUCUCACAAAUCCCAUAAAGACAGUUUUCUAGAUAUAUCAAAAGCAAAAAGCUACUACCAAAACCCAGUCAAGGAUUUCGUGACUGACACGGAUAUGAUCAAGAUACCAAAACUCAAGAAAGCAAUAGCAUCAGCCAAGAAAGAAAAAUCAUCUUGUGAACCAAAAUACAAAAUACUUUGUGAGAAAAUAAGGAAAGAAAGAGAUAGGUGUAAAUUGGUAUUUGACAAAAUGGCUGAGAAUUACUUUAAAGCAUGUGAUAAAAUGGAGAUGGCAGCCACUGAUUUGCUGCAAGCACACAUAAAAAAUCUAGAAGAGAGGUUAGACUCUUUGGGGAGACUUUCAUCAGAGUAUAAGCAGACUCUUCAAACAGGGACAGCUGUUUUAAUGUAUGAUUCGGUUUUUGAAAUCCGGCAAAUGGGUGAAGACAUUCCACAGAUGCCUUUCUUUGACGUGACAGAAUUUAUUCCAAGUAUGAACAUAAAACGUUAUCUGAAACAGGAAAAGACAACAAUAAAAACUCCUACUGAUCGUCUCGAACCAAGAUCAAGUUUUGGCGAAAACCAAAAUCCAGCGACGGGCCAAUCAUCUUCUGGAUCAGCCCAAUACAAACUUCGUGAUAGCCCGACAGUCAUAGCCAUGUUUCCAUACUCGGAACCAAUCUCGUCAAUCUGUCUUUCACCUCUUGGACGUGCAUGGGUUUGUGAUUAUGAGACCAACCUCAUAAAUCUCACCAACAACAAAGGUCAGGUCAUAGAGACAGUACAUCACUGCAGUAAAAUCAGCAACAUCAGUCUGGACCCCAACCAAGGCCGUCUGUGGUUCUGUUGUGGAGACGAAAGGACUAUAUAUAACGUAUCGGCAUCAUUUAAAGCUGUCAGAAGGUUCACAACAGAGGCUGAACCAGUCGCGCUGUGUGUGACCAUGGAGGGUCGGGUAGUGGUUGGUACAUGGGGUAUUCAGGGGUACAAGGUGGUGAUGUACACAGCAAACGGCCGGGUGUUACAUACAGCCAUUGUGGAGCGGUCAGGGAUGGGGUAUGUGCUGUCCAUCACACAAUGUGGUGUUACAGGUAAUAUAGCUGUAGUCGGUAGUAAAUUCAUCGGUGGAGACGGCAGUGAUCCAGACAACUUCAGGCGUCACAUCAUUGUGUACAACCCAACUCUCCAGCCCUUGGUCCACUACAGGGGGGAGGGGCUACAGACCCAGGGGGAGGGGCUACAGGCACGGGAGGGGAUCAUCCCAGAAAAGUUUGAUCCCUGUCGAGUUGUGUAUGACAGUAAGGGUAAUAUUGUUAUUGCUGACGGAACUAGGAACACAAUAGAACUGAUAAGUGGAGCAGGACAGUUUAUAAAAACUCUUCACAAAAACAAAUGGCGCCAAGGACCUGUAGGUAUACAAAAAGAUGAUGUGGUGUGGAUAUACUCAGUGUUAAACUCACAGGAGAGGGGAUUCAGACUCCUCAAGUAUUAUAGUGACUGA